UUCGCCACCGAAGAACAGUCCAGGAAAGACGUGGUUCAGCCGGCACACGCUGCAAGUCCACAAAAUCACCAGCGGACAAGGGAGUAGAGCACGGACUGCCCCUUCACUGCCACUCACAGUACAAGAACUGCAACUGGGGGGUGUCAAAUGAAACCAGAUGCAGAGGGAAAAGAAGCCGGAGCCGUGGCUGCGGGCGGCGCCGAUCCUGAACCCGCCCCGCGCUGGCGCUGCCCUAGGGCUGGCCCGGCCGGGCCGCCGGGAAGAGUUGGACUCGGUGAUCCUUGUGGGUCCCUUCCAGUUCAGGAUAUUCAGUGAUUUUAUGAAGAGCCGCUCCCAGCCCCGCCGCAGGUGUGCUCCGGGCCCCGGGGAGCAGGCAGUACCAGAUUAUCAAGAGUGAAGCUCCCCAGCAAUGGCAGGGAAAAAAGUCCUGAUAGUUUAUGCACAUCAAGAGCCCAAGUCCUUCAAUGGAUCUUUGCUGAAGAUUGCUGUGGAAGAGCUGACCAAGCAGGGCUGCACUGUCACCGUGUCUGAUUUAUACGCCAUGCAGUUUGAGCCCAGAGCAACAAGGAAUGACAUUGUUGGUCACCUGCACAACUCAGAAGCGUUCAAUUAUGGUGUGGAAACCUGGGAAGCUUACAAGAGAGGAGGUUUGUCCAAAGACCUGGUUGAAGAGCAGAAGAAAGUGCAGGAAGCAGACCUGCUGAUUUUUCAGUUUCCCUUGUUUUGGUUCAACAUGCCUGCAAUCUUGAAGGGCUGGAUGGACAGAGUCUUGGUCCGAGGCUUUGCUUACGAUUUGUCCAAGGUUUAUGAUGGUGGUUUGCUCCAGGACAAAUUAUCCUUGUUUUCUUUCACUACGGGAGGAAGCAAAGAGAAGUAUGCAAUCAGGGGUGAUAUUCGCUAUCUCCUAUGGCCCAUGCAGCAUGGAAUCAUGCACUUCUGUGGUGUCAAAGUCCUUGAACCUCACAUCUGUUAUGCUCCAGAGAAUGUCUCUGAGGAGAAGAGGAAGGAGAUGCUGGCUGCCUGGACCCAGCGUCUGAAGACUCUUUGGAAGGAAGAACCCAUAGACUGCUCUCCUGAGUGGUAUUUCAAGUAGAGUUCAGGUGCAAGACUACAGAGAAGAUUUUCUUUUUCUCCAUUCUUUUUGAUGCUCUGUCUAAAUACCUGAACACUAAUCUCCUAAUUCAAAUCUGUUUUAAGAACCUUGAAUACUACAUCUAGCAGUUUAACUGACAACAUAGCAUUUGUCUUCACUGAUUCCCAAGGGAUUCCCUUCAAGGAUGGGCGUGAAACUCUUUGUGUUGUUCUCCUUGUUCACAUAAACGGUGUCAUCCUGCUUCCUUGUGCUUGAUAACACACGUGAUAUUUCAUGGCAGAUGAUACCACGGCUGCUUGUGAAACAGUAUGUGGCCAAGUUUAUUUUAACACUAUUUUUCCUUUGCCAGGGAAUAUCUUGCCCAUAUCCAACUUGUCAUUUAAAAGCCAUUUGCCAUUUGUUGUGAGAGGUCCACACUUGCACCUUGGAGCAACAAAACCAGGUCAUAAGUAGUGUUGCAAAAG